UAUUACAGUCUCUGGUCUUCCCUUCUGAGUUCUGAGCACAAAACAAAAGAGCAAGAGACUCAGCCCUGAGCAGCACAGCCUGAACUAGCCAUUCAGAAUUGCACACACAACACACACUCAGCACAGCAAAAGUCACCCUUCCACUCAGCACUCAGCAGCAGCAGCAGCAGCAUAAUAACAUUCUCUUCCUCUCUCUCAAGAAAACACAAGCACAAGUCACAGCACGCAGUAGCAUUAAUCAAUCAAGCCCAGAUAAAGACAGUCUCUUUAGCUCAAGAACUUGCAUAAAGUUCUGAUCUUUGGCCAUUUCUAAGCUUUGUUUUGGUGGGUUUUUUUUUUAAUCUGGGGUGAGCUUGAAAAUGGACAAAAUGAUGGUUAUGGCUAGCUACUUGCUAAAGGCUUGUGGCAUAGUGUAGAUUUCACCGAAGGGCGUGUUUUUUUCUCAGCUGCUGUUGAGGUCUCUUCAUUUUUCUGUUUUUUGCUAGAGAAAAAGAAGGGAUUUUUAUCCUUUCUUUUCUCUUUCAGUUUCAUUUCUCUUCUUUUCCCUCUUCCUUUCUUCCCUUCUCUUUCUGAAUAGAAUGGGCAGCAGGAUCAUGAUAUCAGGAAACUUGGAUCCAGAGAGGAAAAGGAGUGGUGGGUUGAGAACAAAACAGGCUGGUAGAGGCUCUUGCCGAGGAAGUUAGGCCUUUUAACUCAAUUUUGCCGGAGAAGGAAAGAAGGAAAGAAACAAAGAUGGAAUCUUUCCGGCACUGAAAAGCUGAUUUUACUCUAUAUUUAUAAGCUCUGUUAACCCUUUAAAUUCAUCUCCGCCUAUCUCUAUCUCUCUCGACUUGUACUCAUAGUCAGAAAAGGCUAUACCUUCUGUGCCAGCUGGUAGUAUCAUCAAUCAAUAUGGGGAGCUUGUUAAAAGAGGCUUUGAAGACUCUGUGUGGAGUCAAUCAAUGGUCUUAUGCUGUUUUCUGGAAAAUCGGUUGUCAAAAUCCCAAACUUUUGAUAUGGGAAGAAUGCUAUUACGAACCAGUGAUUUAUGCUACUGGUCUACCCAGAAAUUCUGGGAUUGAAGGGUUUGAAAAUCCAUUUACUCAGCUUGGUGUUGGGGCAGGAAAUGAACUCCAUUUACUUGUAAACAAGAUGAUGAUGGAAAAUCAAGUUAAUGUGUUGGGAGAAGGACUAGUUGGUCGGGCUGCAUUUACUGGAAGUCACCAGUGGAUUCUUUCAGAGAACUAUAGGAGGGAUGCACAUCCACCAGAGGUUCUGAAAGAGGUGGUUCAACAAUUUUCAGCUGGCAUGCAGACAAUUGCAGUAAUUCCAGUCCUUCCUCACGGUGUUGUACAACUUGGUUCAUGCAUGCCUAUUAUGGAGAAUGUGGCUUUUGUAAAUGAUGUCAAGACCUUAGUUCUUCAACUAGGAUGUGUACCGAGGAUCCUGCUAUCUGAAAGUUACGCAACAAAAGAACCAGCCCCAAAGCUUGGAAUUCCUGUGUGCGCUGGAAGUUCUUUUAUGAGAAAUUGUUCUGAGAGCUCAGAUAUGUACGCCUCUACUCCUUUUAUUGCUAACAGCUGUGACUUCAAGACCAACUUGACUCAAAUGGAAGCAUGUCUGGCUCAAACUUCUGGUGCGAUUGGACAAGUUCAAGGUAUUGAUCAUCCUUCUGUUGCUAUGUUUCAAGCCUCUGACUUUUAUCGAAGUCCGUUGGCAUCUCAUGUAGAACAAUACCAAGCAAAAAUUGGUCCAUCAGCAAAUACAAAUAAUCCUUCUACAGGCCAACUGGCAAAUGGAGUUGCAAAAGCUGAAGUAAUGUGCUCAAACCCUGAAGUUUCAUUGAAUCAGCAAAGUUCUCUGUGCAUUCCAAGGUCGACAUUCAAUUGUCAACCUGCUAUUGGCUCAUCAGAUAUAAAUCGCGGCAGCUUAAAAUUGCUGGAACAACAAAUCUUAUCCAACAGUAGUUUCCAGAAUCAUAUGGAUAAAAGUUUCAAUGUAUCCAACAACAUGAUGAUGUCCAUUCUAAGAGCUAAUGCAGGCCUAGUAUCCAGUUCUUCUCAAGAUUCUGUCACUUGCCAAUCAGCUAAUGUAGGUGAAUCGUAUGGUGGUGUAAAGAGCAAUAGGAUAUCAGUUUCAACAAUGGGUUCACUUUCAGAUGCAGACCUGCUCUCCUGCAAUAGUAAUUCUGGCGCACAUAAUGUCAGUGACUCUCAGAUUGCAAAUUCAUCUAAACUAGAGGGUUCUUUGUCUAAAGCUGUUGAUUGCUCAAGUGCAUGUAAGUUGCUAACAAAUAACUCUGCAAGUGGAUAUCCUUCUGCAGAUAACAAGUUGAUAGGCAUUCAUCUGGUUGAUGUCAAUGACAGAGUGGACAAUGAUUUGCAUCAAGCCUUUAGUGCCCAACUCUCUCAACAGUCUGAUAAUACCUGUUUAAGCGAGUGCAACCCAAGUUUAAUUCCUAAAGAUGAAAAGCAUGGGAAUGGAGUUCAAAGUCUAACACUUGGGGAAGCCUUAUAUGGAGAUGGAUGUGCUCAAAAUCCUUCUGGAGAUGACUUGUUUGACAUACUGGGGGUUGAUUUUAGAAACAAAUUGCUAAAUUGCGGCUGGAAUAACUCUCAGAAUAGUACGUGUGACUCAAGCAUAACAUAUUUGGAUAAGAAUAGUUCUGUGUGGUUUAAAGGUUCGGAUGCUUCUACUGACUUGUAUCCUGUCAAUCAAGGACAGUCAGAGAGCAGCAUAUUCUCUGGGGCGAGCACAGACCACCUUUUAGAUGCUGUUAUCUCCAGUAUCCAACCUUCAGGCAAGCUGAACAUGGAUGAUAGUGUUUCUUGCAGGACAAUGUUGACCAACACAAGUAGCUCCUCUGCUCCAAAUGCUUCACGCCCUUGCUCCAUGGUCAGUUUGUCUGGUCAAACGCAGGGAGAUUUAUUUGCUUUUCCUAAAUCCAUGACAAAACCAGGUAGUCUUGGCUCCUAUUCAUUGGGAUCUGGGCCCGGCAAGGAUGAUAAAGGAAGCUAUUCCAAUAGUGGUUCCAUAUGUGGGUCACAAAUUAGCUCAUGGAUUGAACAUCAAGAUGUCAAGCCAAGUAGCAGUGUAUCAACUGCAUAUUCUAAGAAACCUGAUGAAAUGACCAAGACAAAUCGCAAAAGGCUUAAACCUGGGGAGAAUCCUCGACCCAGGCCAAAAGAUCGUCAAAUGAUCCAAGAUCGUGUCAAAGAAUUAAGGGAAAUCGUGCCAAAUGGGGCAAAGUGUAGCAUUGAUGCACUCCUAGAACGAACUAUAAAGCAUAUGCUUUUCUUGCAAAGUGUCACGAAGCAUGCGGACAAGCUGAAGCAUACUGGAGAUUUUAAGCAGAUACUUGGCAAGGAAGGUGGACUACUUAUUAAAGAUAACUAUGAUGGUGGAGUUACAUGGGCAUAUGAGUUGGGCUCCCAGUCUAUGGUCUGCCCUAUCAUAGUUGAGGAUCUUAAUCAACACCGUCAAAUGCUUGUGGAGAUGCUUUGUGAAGAAAGAGGUUUGUUUCUAGAAAUAGCUGACAUAAUUAGAGGAUUGGGACUGACAAUCUUGAAGGGCAUUAUGGAAACUCGCAAUGAGAAAAUCUGGGCGCGCUUUGCUGUGGAGGCUAAUAGAGAUGUGACAAGGACGGACAUCUUCAUCGCACUUGUUCGUCUACUGGAGCAAACAACCAAAAAUGGUGCAACUCUGGCCAACUGCAUUGAAAGUGAGAGUAUGAUGGUUCCUCAGUUUCAGCAAGCUACCUCAAUACCAGCAUCUGGUAGGCCAUGUGAUUUGCAGUGAUCCAUCUGCUGCGUAACUUUAGGUCUGGGAUAUGUUAAGAGUGAGCAAAGUUUUAUGCUUGCUGUGACUAACAGUUGUUCCAGACGAAUUAGCUUGUUGAUCCAACAACUGACUGAAGUUUGUUAUCUUCCAUGAGCUAAAUUGUAUUCCACAUCGAUUUAGAUCUGGGAAGAUGAGUUUAGGCAAUGAGAACUACAGUGUGUAAGAUGCUUCCUAGACUGUUUACUCUCUUGCAUGGUUGAAGCUUUGUUCUUCCCAUAGUUUCACAGUUUUAUUAGUUGGAAGGAGAUUAAACGAGAGAGAACAAGAUGUUUGCAUGGUAGAAGCUUUGUUCUUCCCAUAGUUGUCGCAGUUUUAUUAGUUGGAAGGAGGUUUUAACAAGAUGGGAAGGAAAUUUUCAUCUCCCUCCCUCUUUGAUUGCAGAAAGGGUUCUGUUUGAUCAUCUGUCUGCUGUGAAUUAUCACAUUGCUUCUGUACAGAAAAGGAGAUGAUGAUAGGAGUCGUCCAAGUUUUCAAUUGUCUGUUGACAUUGCCUAUUUCUAGUAUUAUUUGGCAUUUGCUUCUGGUUU